AUGGUGCUUUACUUACUGAUUCCAAUCGUGCUUUGGGGGGCUGUCCUUUAUAUUGGCUACCAGCGCCUCUACCACAGUCCUAUUUCACACAUUCCGGGUCCAAAACUCGCUGCUGUAACAAGGCUUUACGAAGCAUACUACGAUCUCUGGCUCGGCGGCCAAUACACCUUCAAGAUCAUCGCCCUGCACAAGGAAUAUGGUCCCAUAAUCCGUAUAUCUCCCUGGGAAAUCCACGUCGCAGACCCCGAUUUCUACGAGGUUGUUUAUGCCUCGUCCGCGAGUGGACAUCGGCGAAAUAAAUAUGACUGGUUCACAAAGAGCUUUGGCCUCGACAAUGCCGUGUUUGCUACUCCGGGACACGACUUGCAUCGUUUAAGGAGGUCUGCGCUGGCACCGUACUUUAGUAUGACGAGUGUGAGGAGACUGCAGCCAUUCCUACAGGAGAGGGUUAAUAAGCUAUUGGAGAGGUUUGAGGGGUUUAGGGAUACGGGAGAAGUAUUAAAUACAAGCUUAGCAUAUGCUGCAUUUACGAAUGACGUUGUAAUGACUUAUUGCUUUGCGCGACAUGAUAAUCGACUAGAAGCACCAGACUUCGACCCCUCAUACCGAGAUGCAUCAUAUUUCGGCUCCACAGCAGGAAACUACCUCAAGCACGCCCCUUGGGUGAACAACUUUAUGCAAUCGCUCCCCAACUCCAUAGCAGAACUCCUUCAUCCGGCUAUGGCCUCAUUCGUAGCCCAAAAACGAGAAGUACUUGCACACAUCCAAAGCAUAACUUCCGGCCACAACGCCUCGCACCAAGAUCUCUCCCAUCCCACCAUUUUCCACACCAUCCUCGACUGCAAACUACCCGACCAUGAAAAGCGCGAUUCUCGGCUCUCGGACGACGCGCAGGUUCUCACCAUGGCUGGUACCUUAACCACAGCCUGGGUGCUUGAAGUAACGACCUUCCACCUCCUCUCCAACCCCUCCAUCCUCAGGACGCUAAAGGCAGAACUUAGCACCACUAUCCCCUCACCCAACGAUAUCGGUGCCAUCCCUCUCCCAACCCUAGAGAGCUUGCCGUAUCUGACUGCCGUUAUAAAGGAAGGAUUGAGACUUACGUAUGGAGUUAGCUGUCGCCUCGCUAGGAUCGAUCCAGAUAAUAGUAUCCCGUUCACGGAUAAAGAGACGGGAAAAACAUACAGCAUACCACCUGGUACACCAAUCGGUAUGACGAGCGUGCAGAUCCACCACGACGAAUCCCUCUUCCCGGACUCCUGGACAUUCCGCCCUGAACGCUGGCUCGGCCCCAGUUCCAAAGCGCUGGAAAAAUAUAUGGUUUCUUUCACGGCCGGUAGUCGACAGUGUCUUGGUAUCAACUUGGCGUACUGUGAGUUGUAUCUGGGGAUGAGUGCUAUUUGGAGGGUUUGGGGGAGUAGGGAGGUCAGGGGAGGGGAUGAUGUGGGCUUCUUUGAGCUUUGGGAGACGGGGAAGUCGGAUGUGGAGAUUGAGAGUGAUGCGUUUUUGCCGAUUGUGAGGAAGGGAAGUCAGGGGAUUAGGGUUAAGGCGUUUGGCUUGGAUAAGUGA